AUACAAACGUAUAUGCACCCGACUACAGAAGAGGACAUAUCCGCAGGAGCAACAUAGAAUUGAAGUUGUAGCCAGCAACAGAGCUGCAGUGAGGAUAAUGGAUUUGAUUUUCCCUCAAAAUCUAAAAGCCAGCACCCUCUCCUCAAAAGCAUGCUCUUGGCCAUCAUCGUCGUCGUCGUCACGCCUCUUCUUUCCUUGUCCUCUGAGGAGCUUCAAAUGUUGGACUUCACGCAUCCUAACCCCUGCUUCCAAGCUUAAGCAAGUCAGAAUUCGUAGCGAGUUCGAAGGCAAAGUAAAUGGCGCUCUUUCCGCCGAUUUCGACCCCCGCUUCCUCGACCGGCAAAAAGCACUGGAAGCAGCAAUGAACGAUAUCAAUAGCUCAUUCGGAAAAGGAAGUGUUACGAGAUUAGGCAGUGCUGGUGGUGCUUUGGUUGAAACUUUUCCCAGUGGCUGUAUGACGUUAGACUUUGCCUUAGGUGGUGGCCUUCCCAAAGGAAGAAUCGUAGAGAUAUUUGGGCCAGAAAGUAGCGGAAAAACCACCUUGGCACUCCACGCAAUUGCAGAAGUGCAGAAGCUGGGAGGCAAUGCAAUGCUUGUUGAUGCAGAGCAUGCUUUUGAUCCAACAUAUUCUAAAGCAUUGGGAGUGAACGUAGAAAAUUUGAUCGUCUGCCAACCUGAUCAUGGCGAGAUGGCACUUGAGAUUGCAGAUCGUAUGUGCAGAUCUGGUGCCAUAGAUCUUAUCUGUGUUGAUUCUGUCUCAGCUCUCACUCCACGGGCUGAGAUUGAAGGUGAGAUUGGGAUGCAGCAAAUGGGUUUGCAAGCACGCCUUAUGAGCCAAGCUCUGCGUAAGAUGUCAGGGAAUGCCUCGAAAGCUGGUUGUACUCUGAUUUUUUUGAAUCAAAUAAGAUAUAAGAUUGGUGUAUAUUAUGGGAACCCAGAAGUGACUAGUGGAGGAAUUGCAUUAAAGUUCUUUGCAUCUCUUCGGCUUGAGAUACGUUCUACCGGGAAGAUAAAGUCUGUCAAAGGAGAUGAAGACAUUGGGCUUCGGGUUCGUGUAAGAGUACAAAAGAGCAAGGUGUCAAGGCCAUACAAGCAAGCUGAAUUUGAAAUUAUGUUUGGAGAGGGAGUGAGCAAAUUGGGUUGCAUUUUAGACUGUGCUGAGAUGAUGGAUAUUGUGGUAAAGAAGGGCUCUUGGUAUAGCUAUGGGGAUCACAGGUUGGGACAGGGAAGAGACAGAGCAUUGCAGUACUUGAAAGAGAACCCUAUUAUUCAUGAUGAAAUAGAAAAGACUUUGAAAAUCAAAGUGAAAAUGCAUUUGCAGAUUGUUAGGUCGAAAAUGGCGGAUGGAACUGGACAUGUAACUUCUCCACUUUCAAGGGACUUGUUAUUACCACAUCAAGAUGAAGAGACCUAUGAGGAGAUACAAUGAGGAUGAGCAAAUACUGCUAAUGAUUGAUGUUUUUCUACACCAGAUGAGGGAAGAGGUAGUGGUCGAAGUCAAAAGCUGAAUCAAUUGCUUGCUCAUCAUGUGCGUUGAGUGUGAGGCCACUAAGGUUUAACGAGUAGACAUCAUUGCCCAGACAUCCACUCAGCAGGGGUGAAAAUACAAAAUACCCUGAUUCUGGUGGAAAUUGAAAUUGGAAUCUCUAAUGGUAUAUUAUGGUGAAAGAAGAUAGAAAAUGGCGGGUUUUUGCGGAUGCCCGCCGUUAUUACUUUUGUUUUUUUGCUGGGGGUGAUUGGGUGUUGUAUUUUCAAUAUUCCAACAGUUGAAGAAAACCUAAUUAUUCCCAAUUCAUUUAGUAAGGUGUUCAAAGUUUUUCUUAUUUCACAAGAUACAGGUCCAGAAUUAUGCUCUACAUUUAAGUUGCUACCAUUACCAACAUGCUGUUAAACAAAAGAGUGGAUUUAUGUGUAAAACGGAAAGAAAAUAACGAUUUCUUUUUCUUCGAUAACUGUGGUAUCGGAUCCCCGGGACACCGU